GAGGUACUUCUGAAUUUGUCCCUGGCACUGCAGAGACACCUAAAUGGGGUCCUCUGUUGGGGUCCUGCGCUGUAAACAUUGCCAGCGAGUGCAUUUUCUGUCUUAAAUGAAAUGCCGUCUUAAUAUUUCACCCGCAAAGAUGAGUGAAGACGACGAUUUGGAAAGACGUGCGGUCCAGGAGCUCCUUCGUGAGACUACCAGAGCUCGGGCACGAGCAGAGACCAUGGGCCCCGCUGGAUGGUUGAAGUGUCCCAUACGGAGCACCAACAAGCGCUUCCUCCUCAACACCUUGCGCUCCACUACUCUCCAGCGCCGCCCUGCAGGCCAGCCCAGGGAACAGCACUCGCCCGCCGCCGAACAGCAACGACCACGAGGUGAGGAGUCGGACUCGGACUCGGGGCGUGACAGGACAGGAGGAAGCGCAGUGGCGGCGGCGGCUUGGCAUCGGGAGGGCAAAGAGCGCGGCCAUAAAAGAGACUCCAUAAAGGAGCGCUCGCCUCCCCGACGCCACUCGGAGUCGUCCCACUGCGGCCGCUCUCCUCCCCGACACCACUCGUCCCACUGCGGCAGCUCGCCUGAAGGCUACUCUGGCAGGCACCCCAUGACAUCAUCACACAGGCCUCACUCACACUCUCGCUCUCGUUCGCGCUCCCCUGUCCGAGGCAGGAACUCGGCACACAACUCCUCAUCCUCUGCUGCUGACAAGCACAGCCACAGCACUAGUCACAAAUGACCGUCUAAAACUGUGUGUUUUUAUUGUUAUUUAUUUAAUACGAGACGUUUGAUGCCUAAUGAAAUGUUAAUAUUCUCCCUCUGACCAUCCACUGUGGCUCAAAGUGUUUGUGCUCCACAACACAAGACUGUUCGUCUGUUCUGUACCUCAAUGGCUAACCUGCCGUUAAGCACAUACGUGUUGUUUGCAGGAUCUUUCUAAUAAUAUUCAUAGCGCAGCAAGUACUGUCUAGUUUACCUAUUUCCACGUCACAGGUCCACCGUACCGUAUGGAAAAUGUAGUUGCUGUUGUUUUCCAACAGAGAGAUUUAAUGUGUGUGCGUUGAUACAGGCACAUCUGUGUGUGUGUGUGUGUGUUUAAUACCGAUAAUGCUCACCGCCUUUUUGUAGGAUCUUUUUUUUGUAUAAUGUUCAACAUGACAUGUUACUAUUUGUGUGAUAAAUAAAUGAAGUUUAUUGUGGUUAA